CAAGGCUCACAUGCGACGCGACAUUGCCUACACUGUGUCACGUUCGUUGCUACUCCUCCUUGCUAGUGCUUACCACCCCUCUCCCUCCUCCUCCUCCUCCUCCUCCUCUCCCCUUCUCUCCUCUCCUCCCUCUCCGCCGCGCGCCGGUCGCCGGAGUAGCAGGGUGACUGGGAGGGAUUCAGCGAGGCAAAACCAAUGGGGGUGCUGGGGGACGGGUCGGGGUGGUGCUUCUGCUCCGGCGGGGCGAAGCUGGAGCGGAUCAAGAACUCCGUCCUCGCCGCCAAGGGCGCCGCCGUCGCCGCCGUCUCCUUCCCCGCCGGAGGUGGAGGAGGGGGCAGAGGUGGGAGUGGGUUCCUCAUCCACCGCGCCCUCCUGCUCACCACGCACGGCACCAUCCCCUCCGCCGCCGCCGCCGCCGCCGCCGAGGUCCGCCUCAGCCACGGCCGCCUCCCGGCUCGCCUCGUGCCGCAGAGAUUCUUUAUCACUAGCCCCAUUUUGGACCUUACAAUAGUGGGUCUUGAUGUGGUGAACGAUGAAUUAAAUUCACACGGGCAACAGCCUCAUUUCCUAAAGACCUGCCUGAACCCCAGCUUGGACCUUGGCAGUACAGUUUUGCUCCUGGGCCACACAAAGAGAAAAGACCUGACAAUAGGCGAGGGGAAGGUUAUAAUUACAACAGACAACCUUAUAAAGUUCUCAACUGAUGAAGUCGCAUGGUAUCCUGGAUCUGCUGGUUUUGAUAUGCACGGAAAUUUAGCUUUCAUGGUUUGUGAUCCAAUGAAGCUUGCACCUUCUACACCUACUGGAUACGCUUCUGCAUCUUCAGCCGCACUCCUUUCAGCAAAGAAGGAUGUGCCAACACAGUUUGGGAUGCCCAUUCCUGCAGUCUGUGGUUGGUUGAAGCAGCAUUGGAAUGGUAACUUAGAAGAUGUUAGCAAGCCAAUGAUGCCUCCUGCACGAUUAAUAUCCACUGGGCAACGAAGUGAGUGUUCUUCUGUUGGUCGUCUUAACUACAUCAAGACCAUGGAGCGAGAGGGUGGUGAUGGGAUGUCAUCAUCACAAAUACCACCUAGGCUGACACAGCAUCAUGGAUCAUGCAGUUCAGCUUCUGCGAAGAUUUCAUGCGGUGAAAAUGAUUCUGUUGACUCGCACUCUAUUCAUGAACAACAAGAUCUGACCUCACAAAUGCAUGAAUCUAAGAUUGAGCAAUCUGCUUCACUUAUGGAUAAUAACUUUCCUCCAGGGCAUCCAAGAUCAAUUCGCCUGCCACUUCCUCUAAAGCACAUGAUGUCCCAUGAGAAUAAGAUAAAACCGAACCCAUCAUUUUCACAUGAAGCACAGCUAGCUAAUGUGAGGAUCAAUUGUGGCACUCUUCACAAUGUUGCUUACCAGGAAAAUUGCUGGAGUGAGGCUCAGUCCAGUUCCUCUCCACCAGAUAUAUCAGAGUUGGGGGAUGAGAGGGGCGGUUUUAGCAGUGGAGAGGAGACAAUGUACUCUGCUGAAACUAGGGAAAGCAGAAACAUCCCUAGCCCAAAGGAAAAGAAUCCCAAGAUGGUUGGGAGAUCACAGAGUUUUGUGAAUCAUAGCAAGUGGGAUUCCCCAAAAAGUGUUGAAUCUUCGAAAGGGGCCCCCUCAAAGUCACACACCUUCAUUCCUUUGAGAAAACCACAUUUGCAGGCUGCAGCCAUUUCGCAGAAAAGCCAAGAUUUUUUCAGUCCUACUGUCUCCUCAAGCAUGAAAAAGAGGAAUUUAUCACAAAUUCCCAUGAAACCUCGGCAAAGUGCUCAAGUUACCUCCAAGUGGAUCAUCUGAUCUCACCAACUUUCCUCAAACCAUACAAAGAUAGCAACAUCUUUUGGUUCAACCGGUUCCACAAAAUACUUCCUUUUUAGUUCUGUAACUGUAUGGUGUAAAUGUAUUCUAGUCAAACUAUAUUCUCUAGUGAUUCUUUUCAGUGUAACAUAAUCUAGCUUAUAUUCUUUUCUCUCUACCGUGCAUUUGCCCAAUGAAGGGUAAAACCAAUCAUCAUACAAAAUGUAGUUUUUUGUCCGACAGGUAGCCAUGGAGGAUGGACUGAGCAUUCUUUAUUUUUCCCAACAAUGAACUGGGAUUCAUUGGCACAAGAAGCAGGACUGGGCUACUCAUGAAGCUGCAUAAUUGGAUAAGUAGUGUUCCAUUUCUGUGAGGAGAAUAAUUGGAUAAGCCAAUGCCUCUGCAGCAGUGCAGCUUUCUCUUCAUAUACAGAAGCACAGAACUCCUUGAAAAUUGACUUUUUUCUACAUCUAUUCAGAAAAAUCAAAUGCAAGGACA